AACGAUCUCAACUUUCUAGCUCUCGACAAGACACAAUUUUUUUUUUUUACCCAAAAAAGCACAAAUUUAUUACCACAAACAUUUGAAACAACGGUUUCAUCUGUUACACAAAUCCCACACUAUUUCUAUAUGCCCUCGAUUUUAUUCUCUUCCUCCGUUAUUCUCUUCAAUAUUUCUUCGACGACGAUAGUGGCCCCCACCUUUCGUCGUUAAUAGAUAGAAACAACAGCUUUAACGACGACGAAAAGAAAAACCGACGUUAAAACCCCGAAUCAUUUAACGUUAAUAUUAGCAGUUUUUUUUCUUCCUUCUUCUUAGCCAAAAUUAUGAGCAUUUUGGCACCAUACCAGAUAUUGGAACUCAACUUGAUCUCCGCCCAAGACUUGGAGCCCGUAUGUCGUCGCAAAAUGCGAACCUACGCGGUGGCUUGGGUCCAUCGGGAACGCAAGCUUUCGACCCGAAUCGACACCCAAGGUCACACCAACCCAACAUGGAACGACAAGUUCAUUUUCCGUAUCGACGACGAGUUUCUCUACGGUGAAACGUCAGCUGUCAUGAUCGAACUCUACGCCGUACAUUGGUUCCGUGACAUCCAAUUGGGAACCGUCCGAGCCAUUAUCGGAAACCUUUUCCCCUCAAUAUCCCGGCCGCGCCAUCGUCAUGAAGUCCAACUAGGGAUGAGAUUCGAGGUGCUUCAGGUUCGGAGACCGUCGGGUCGGCCACAAGGGAUUUUGAACAUUGGGGUGGCGUUGCUUGAUAGUUCCAAGAGGAGCAUGCCUUUGUAUUUGCAAAUGGGGUCGUCGGCGGUCGGGUAUCAAUAUUUAAUGGGCGAGGAAGACCCGUUUCAAAGCUCCAAAAACAAUCCUCCGAGCUCUACCAAAACUAAUAAAAAUGACCAUCAGCUUUUGCUUAAUGGGUUAAUCAAACCCGAGCUUCGACGUACCAAGAGUGAUUCCAGUUCGAUUUUCGGGUCAGAUCUAUGGCCCAGGAGACCCAUCAAAGGGUCAUCCAUUAUCAAUGGCGGGUCAGCGGUUAACGGGUCAGAAAUUGGUAAAAACAACUAUGGAUCUAAUUCAACGGGGAGUUCUAUGGCAAAUUACAAGUUUGAAAAAAGUAAUAAAAAGGGAAAACCAAGUUCGAUUAUCAACGGAUCGGAUGAUCCAGCAAGAAAAGGUCCUGAAAUCGUGGAGGUGUCAGCGGAAAAAGGCAACAAUGGUCCAAAAACUAGGUUGAAAACACCACCUGGCAAGUCACCGGCUGGGUUAAGAUGUAAGGGGUCGGAUUACGGGGCUCCGAAAAAAAAGGGUGGGUCGACAAUUUGGAACGAUUCAGAAAUGAGUCCAUCACCAUCAGAAGUGUCGGCUGCGGUGGUCAAAAACAUGUACCUUAACAGGAUAGAAGAGACAGAGAGUUCAUUGGUCGGAGGGUGGAGUUUAGACGAAAGCAAUGAAGGGCUUCGAUCAAAACUAGAAAGAUGGAGAACCGAACUGCCACCAGUGUAUGACAGAGGUAGUGAAAUUUCUAGUCACGUGUCCAGUGGGAAUACUACAACGACCAAAAAACCAAGACAUGUUAGAAGACAUACAGAAACAGGGGGAGUGUUUUCAUGUUUUGGUAACAUUUGUGGGUGUGAAAUUUCCAUUAGUUGUGGACCUGGUGGUGGUGGUGUUGCCGCUAGAAAAAAGGGGAAUUUGCAUCGAAACCUUUCGGUGGAUGACUUGAGUUUCCUUUGAAAUUGAGAAUCAGGGACUUAAUUGAAACAGUAGUUUUUUGUGAGGCCUUGAGGGCUCUUGCUCAAAGUUCAUGAACCUUUUUUUGUCAUAGUUGAAAGAUUAACGUUAGUUU